AAAAAUUUUCUCUUUCUUUCAAAACACACACAAAAUUCACAUUUCUAUUUACUUGUAUAUUUCAAAUGUCUGACAAUGCGGCAGUGCUGACAAGUGGCAGUAAAGUAUACGCAAAGAAGCGCAAGACACGCAAGGAGCAGGUAGAGGAAGUUGAGUUUGACCCAAAGGCGCGGCGCACCUUCCUCACCGGGUUCCACAAGCGCAAGGUCGAAAGGCGCGAAACCGCCAUCGAACAGGCCAAGCAAAAAGAACGCGAGGAGCUUUUGAAACUGCGCAGGGAGCGGCGCGAGCAGCAGCAGGAGGCGCUGAUCGAUAAACUGCGUGAAAACAAGUCUGUCUACGGUGGAGCAGACUCUGACAGCGAAUCUGGGUCUGACGAUGGAUCGGGAGCGGUAUCCGGAGGCGAGGACGAGGACAAGGAUGAAGAUGGCGUAGAGACUUCAGUGCUGACUGGAGAAACAUCGGUCACAACUGUCAAGGUCGUUCGGGACUUUGAUCCGAGGAACCUUGUCGAGGACGAGAUCUUGCUCGAGAAACGGCUGACCCCCCAGGGACUAAUUGACAAGCUCAAGAAGGAUGUUGCUGAGAGAGCCCGUCGCGCUGAGGCCGAUGCCAUUAGAGAGAAGAAGGAGGCUGAGGCUGCCCGGAAGUCGCAGAAGAAAAAGCCCAAGAAGUUCAGGUACGAGACAAAGGCCAAGCGCGCGGUGAAGAAUUCCAAGGACAAGGAGUCGAACUCCAGGCGGCGCACGCAAAGAACCGCUGGAUCGGGUACUGGUAAAAAGUAGAAACAUAAAAGCAGAAGCGUGCUUUUUGUAGAGAAAAUAUAUCGUUUACAUUUAUGUAUACUCAUAUUGCAAGCUAUGCACUCUGGUUAUUCCACGCAUUCUGUCAUAUUUGUAUACGCUGCAUAUAACUAAGCACGCACACCUUGCGUAAUCGCUUGUCGAGCAAACA